AUGAAAGUCGCCAUCAUCGGCGGCGGUCCAGCUGGUCUGGCCACUCUUCGAUUCCUCGCUCACGCUCACGAGUAUUUCCCUAUCCCGCCUAUCGAGGUCCGCCUCUUUGAAGCCGAAUCCCAGAUCGGAGGCACUUUCGCCUAUCGCCUGGUAUCAUCAAAGUUUUUGACUGCAUUUUCUGAUUUCCGUCUCCCAAAGGAUGCCCCUGACUUCGUCACCCCGGAAGCCUACGUUAAGUAUCUCAAGGACUACGCUACUCACUUUGAUCUUUGGCCUAUGAUCGAGUGUAACACCAAGGUUGGCAAAGUCCGUCGUGGAAAGGGCAACAUCGGCCACGUUCUUGACUUGACUCAGGAGUCUGGCCCCUUCCAGUGGAAGUGCGACGCCGUAGCUGUCUGUAGCGGCAUCAACGUCAACCCAGUCAUGCCCUACAUUGAAGGCAUCGAGCGAGUUGAAACUGUCCUCCACUCAUCUCGACUCAAGACUCGAGCCCAGUUUGGAGAAAACACCAAUGUUUACAUCAUGGGUGCCGGCGAAACUGGCAUGGAUCUUGCGUAUCUUGCUGUGACUUCGGCUGCCAAGACUGUCACUCUUUGUCACCGCGAUGGUUUCUUUUGUGCACCUAAGAUCAUCCCGAUUCCCCGGGUUAGGGGUAGCUCACCUUCGUCUACUGUUCCGAACAAGCCCGUGGAUACUUCGGUUGCAAGCUUGUUCGAUACAGCCUAUGUUCACCCCAAGCUUCAGAACAGCCAACUUCUUUGGAACUAUUAUGACGCUUGGGUUAAAAACAUGCAUACUUUCAUUUCUGGCACCGAGGAGGGACCCGACCAGUGGGUUGGCCAAAUGAGUCCUUCCCGAAAGUACGCAGACUCCAUUCUUCUUUGCAAGAGCGACAAAGCUCUCCCUUACAUGAACGUUGGCAAGCGAUCCAAGUCCUGGGCUAACCGUGUUCGAUCCGCCUACAUAAACGUUGAGAUCAAGGACACAGAAGGCAAGAAGAUUGAUGUGGUGAGCUGGCCUGAGAAAAUCGACAGCGACGGCUUGAUGAACUUCGGUAAGACACUCCCAAGCGACUCGAUCAUCCCAACAGAGCAGCGCAAGCCCGACGUAUUGGUUUUUGCUACGGGUUUUACCCGCGAUUUCCCGUUUUUGGAUAAGGAGUACCCGAGUGUCUCGCAGACCAACGUCCGAGGUAUCUACAAUGAAGGAGAUGUAACGAUUGGCUACAUUGGAUUCAUUCGCCCUGCGAUAGGUGCUAUCCCUCCCCUUGCAGAGCUCCAGGCCCAGCUCUGGGUUCUACGCCUGCUGCAGGACCGCUACCCGAAGGAAGUGCCAUCUAUUCGCGACUCCGACGCUCUUGAGCCCUACGAACUUGAUUACGAGCUUCAUGCCAGGGGCAACUACAGUUUUUGGGAUACCAAGCGAGGUGUUGACCACGAGAGCUAUGCCUACCAGCUUGCGCUCGACAUGGGUUCUGCUCCUCGCGCCUGGACCGUAAUGAAGAAGGGCUUCAAGGUCUUUUACACCUGGGCCAUGGGAUCCAACUUUAACACCAAAUUCCGACUCGUCGGUCCUUGGAAGUGGAACGACGGUGCUGAAAGUAUCAUGCGCAAUGAGCUGUUCAACGUGGUCAAGCGCUCUGGUGGUUUUGUUUAUCUUGCAACGUACACUCUCGUACCUUUUUUCGUUUUUGGAACCAUGAGCAUGACUCUCUAUGCUUGGUACGCCAUCUGCGACCUUUUGGCAUCAUUUUUUGGUCGACGGUCCGAGGCUGGUACCUCGAAGACCCGCAAGUAA